CGGCACAGUUCAUGUUAUCAAAAUACACCAUUGUCUCUCUCUCUCACUCUCUCCACGAGCGCGCGCGCGCACACACUCUCUUCUCUUUUAGGAGUGCAUCCGGUCAUCUUACUCGUGGUGCAGUCCGGAACUCAAUUAUUUCUAUUCUCACGCUCGCUUACCGGUUACCCUUAUCUUCUCCCCUCCAAGCUCCACCCACGCUACAAUGGCGACCAUGAGCUACCCCUCUCUCCGCCUAAAAAGCCUAACCUCAUCACCUUACUCCUCGUCCUCUCGGAGCCCUAACUUGAUGCCUUCGUCCUCGAUGCUUGUGCGUCCUGCUUUCCUAUUGCCUCAGAAAGCCAGGGCCACGGGUCUUUCGUUUUUCCGCCAUCGAUCUCCUGUUUUUCGGCGAGAGUGGAACUCUGGGGUUAGGGUUAUGGCGGUGGACGGGGACUACUCGUCAAAGAGGAGCAGCAGCAGCGAGCCGAGAGAGACGAUCCUGCUUCCUGGUUGCGACUACAACCACUGGCUCAUCGUGAUGGAAUUUCCUAAGGAUCCCGCGCCCACCAGGGAGCAGAUGAUCGAUACUUAUCUCGAUACUCUCGCUACUGUCCUUGGAAGCAUGGAGGAAGCUAAGAAGAAUAUGUAUGCAUUUAGCACUACUACUUAUACAGGUUUUCAAUGCACAGUUUCAGAGGAAACAUCUGAAAAAUUCAAGGGAUUGCCUGGUGUUCUUUGGGUGUUGCCUGAUUCCUACAUCGAUGUCAAGAACAAAGACUACGGAGGUGAUAAAUACAUAAAUGGGGAAAUAAUUCCUUGCAAGUACCCUACCUAUCAGCCCAAGCAGAGAAGUUCAAAAUACGAAAGCAGGAAGUAUGUUAGGCAAAGAGAUGGCACUCCUCCAGACCGAAGAAGGCCAAGAAGCGGAACUCCUCAACCAGAAUCAGCUUCUUCGUAAAUUUCUAUCUCAUAAUUCUCUGGAAAUGAAUCUCUCGCUUUGACCAUAUUUUAUGAGCAAUUUUGGCAUCCGAAUCAUAUUUAAGUAUGUCAGGGGAUAAAUAUUACAGUUUUAGAGAUGAUGUUGAUAGGAAGGGUCUAUGUAUUGAGUGUUAACAAUCAAUGCUAAGUGCUAGCGUAUGUGUUAUUCUUGUGUCCCUUUGGUUUUAAUGUUGCUUAGACAGAACCGAAGCCCUUGAAAUACGAAUUCAAGUGGUAGACAGUUUUCAAUUUGGUGGAAUUACUGUUUUAUCAUUGGCUGGAAACGUGGGGAUUUCAUGUGUCAAUACUUUGUUUCUAUAAUGCUUGUAGGGCGUGGAAUUUG